CUUGAAAAUUUCCUUGUCACAUUAACUCUGUAACGCUUUUCAUCACUAACUUUCCAUCCAUUUUCUCGGCUAUCAAACACCAAACAUCGUUUUUUUUAUCCCCUGGGUUCUCAUCUUGUCCUAACCGAUGGAACCAAUGCAAAUUUGCAACAAAAACGGAACGAAAUCCCCUGGAUUUUGUACAGGUGACCCAUUGAAUUGGGGUAUGGUCGCGGAGUCACUCAAGGGCAGCCACCUAGAUGAGGUGAAGCGCAUGGUUGAUGAGUACCGCAAGUCCGUGGUCUUCCUUGGUGGCGAGACCUUGACCAUAGCGCAAGUGACCGCAAUUGCCAACUCUGGCACCAACGGUGUCCGGGUUGAAUUAUCGGAGAAGGCUCUGCCGGCGGUGAAGGCUAGCAGUGACUGGGUCUUGGAGAGCAUGAAAAAUGGUACGGACAGCUAUGGGAUCACCACCGGGUUUGGUGCAACCUCACAUAGGAGGACCAAGGAUGGGGGUGCCCUCCAAAAGGAGCUCAUAAGGUUCUUGAAUGCAGGGAUCUUUGGGCAGGGCACGGAGUCUUGCCACACAUUGCCUAACUCAGCGGCAAGGGCGGCCAUGCUGGUGAGAGUCAACACACUCUUACAGGGAUACUCCGGCAUUCGAUUCGAAAUCCUGGAAGCUAUCACCAAGUUACUCAACCACAACGUCACUCCAUGCUUGCCACUCCGGGGGACGAUCACUGCUUCUGGUGACUUGGUACCACUAUCCUACAUUGCUGGCCUUUUGAUAGGCAGACCCAAUUCCAAAGCUGUUGGCCCCAACGGGGAGGCCCUUGACCCAACCCAAGCCUUCAGCUUAGCUGGGAUAGAUGGGGGGUUUUUUGAAUUGCAGCCGAAGGAAGGUCUUGCCCUGGUGAAUGGCACUGCUGUUGGUUCCGCCAUGGCUUCAUUGGUUCUUUUCGAGACUAACAUACUCACUGUCCUCUCGGAGAUUCUGUCAGCCAUUUUCGCCGAAGUUAUGCAGGGAAAACAAGAGUUUACAGACCAUUUGACACAUAAAUUGAAACAUCAUCCAGGGCAGAUUGAAGCAGCAGCCAUUAUGGAACAUAUCUUGGAUGGUAGCUCUUAUGUUAAAGCAGCUCAGAAACUGCACGAAAUCGACCCACUUCAGAAGCCAAAACAGGACAGAUAUGCUCUGAGAACAUCCCCACAAUGGCUCGGCCCUCAGAUUGAAGUGAUCAGGGCAGCAACCAAGAUGAUUGAAAGAGAGAUCAAUUCUGUGAAUGAUAAUCCUUUGAUCGAUGUGUCCAGGAGCAAGGCGUUGCACGGCGGCAAUUUUCAGGGCACACCGAUUGGAGUCUCUAUGGACAACACCCGCUUAGCCAUUGCUUCAAUUGGAAAACUAAUGUUUGCUCAGUUCUCUGAACUCGUCAAUGACUACUACAACAAUGGGUUGCCUUCGAAUCUCUCCGCCAGCAGGGAUCCGAGUUUGGAUUACGGGUUCAAAGGUGCGGAAAUCGCCAUGGCUUCUUACUGCUCUGAGCUCCAAUUCUUGGCCAAUCCGGUGACGAAUCAUGUCCAGAGUGCAGAGCAACACAACCAAGACGUGAACUCCUUGGGGUUAAUCUCCGCUAGAAAAACAGCUGAAGCUGUGGACAUAUUGAAGCUGAUGUCGUCGACUUUCAUUAUAGCACUUUGCCAGGCAAUUGAUUUGAGGCAUUUGGAGGAGAAUCUCAAGAACGCGGUGAAGAACACGGUGUGUCUAGCGGCGAAGAGGGUUCUGAUGAUUGGGUCCAACGGCGAGCUUCACCCGUCGAGGUUCUGCGAAAGGGACUUGCUAAAAAUCGUCGACCGAGAACAUGUGUUCGCCUACAUCGACGACCCCUGCAGUGCCACCUAUCCAUUAAUGCAGAAGCUCCGGCAGGUGUUCGUUGACCAUGCUUUGCUGAACGGUGACAGAGAGAAGAACUCAAGCACUUCAAUUUUCCAAAAGAUCGGAGCUUUUGAGGAGGAACUGAAAACUCUUUUGCCAAAAGAAGUAGAGAACGCCAGGAUUGAAUUUGAGAAUGGAAAUCCGGCGAUUCCAAACCAGAUUAAGGAAUGCAGGUCGUACCCAAUAUACAAGUUUGUGAGGGAAGAGUUGGGGACUGGUUUGCUUACCGGAGAGAAGGUCCGGUCGUCGGGAGAGGAUUGCGAUAGGGUGUUCUCGGCGAUGUGCGAGUGGAAACUGAUUGAUCCCAUCCUGGAUUGUCUCAAGGAGUGGAAUGGUGCUCCCCUGCCUCUACACUAGUAUACACUAAUGCUGUUUGUUUGAAUUCCACUGCAAUAUCCUCUGUUUUUUCUUUCCUUUGUUCGUCUGUAAUCUUUUCUAAAUUGUUUAAGCAAACUGGAUGCAGUAUAAGUUUAAAAGUUUUGUGAACUUCUUUUUAUAACACUGUUUUUAUACCCUCUAAGUUUUAUACAUGUCAUCACUUUUUUAAGUUUUGCUCUCCACAUCAUCAAAAAAAAUAUAAAAAAUGCCACAUAAGCAGGGUUAACGGCCCAAAUUAACAGAAGGACUAACGGAGUGCAUUUUGUAUAGUUGAGGGAUCAAAAAAAUGCAAAAAAUUGUU